AGUUUUUUAAGUAGAGCUCUAGAGUUUUAGAUACCCCGCUUGCUCCCGCGCACAUUCGAGAUCGCACUGAGACGAUAUCUCGACCUUUUACAUGGCUCUCGAUUCCCUUUGCAUGGACCCAUCAGCAACUCCGCGACGUUAUCUUCGUAGGGAAUGGAAACGAAAUAAGCCCCACUUGCAUGCAUCCGAUUCGCUACCUUCGCUGCACCUCUGCCCGAACCGGCCUCUCUUUGUCUGUGCACGAUGUGGCUUUUCCAAUACGCUCAUUCCUAUGUGUCUCUGGUGUGCAUGGAGUUCCGCGGUGGCAAAGAAAGAGUUCGAGGAGAGGUUGCCGAGACCGCGAAGAAUAACUGCACCAUCUAAGACUACUUCUCAGUUGAGAGGCACGAGCGAGCGAACGAGAGUCAAGUGCAUGCCAAAGAGGGUCUCGGCUGAUUCCACAAUUUCAAGCGCUGGGCCUGUGACUCCUCAAGGUGACCUCAUGUUCUGUAUAGAAAGCCUUCAGGUACCCGGAAUUACGGCAGUAUUGGACUCGUGUGACAGCGAGCUCGCAUGUUCACGCAAGCCUGACAAUGUCGUGCGGAUAGGCGUGGAUGAUAUUCACAACGAUGAAGUCGAUUCCCAAGGAGAUGGCGGCGGCGUGCUUCACGACGUCACCACAGCAACACCGAUUUUGGUAAAUAUUGCAUGCCGUUUGAUACCUCCGUAGAACCAGGGUUGUAUUGCUGACCCUUUUUGUUUUAUUCUUCCUACGCAGCCAUUGUGCCGUUCGACGGCUCCCGCCAGCGUGAAGCAGAAGCUUCUGGGUGGACUAUACAAA